AUGAUUCCUACUGUUGCUCGUCUUGCUAAAGUUUCUGCUGGCCGUGUUGCUGCUCGCCGUCAAUUCCCUGACUCUCCUACCAUGCGUGUUGCUAAGAAUCUUGCAGGUUGGUCCGUUGUUACUUUUGUUUAUUCUCUGUGGCCUCUUUUUGUUGGAGAUCUUGAGUAUUACCGUUUCCCUAUUAAGUCCAUCUAUUUAUCUAUCUAA